AUGUACAUCCCCACUGUAGUCAUUUUUUCUGUAACUAUGUUCAAACUGGUGGCAGCUAGCGUUAAUCAUACCUACGGCAAUGAUAGCUUUAGUCUGUUUAUGGCACAGAAGGAUAACAAUGUAACUGGGACAAUAACGUCUGGCAGACUUUCUUAUGGUGUACCGGCAGCCGUACUAGUCCAGUACGGCUCUGCCAAUCUAUCAAUGUUUAAUGGAGGAGAACUAAACCGUUAUGAGGUUGAUCAUGACGGGGUGACUGCCCUAGCUGAAUUACUAGUGAGUCAGCGUAUUACUGAUGACGAGCACAACGUAAUGAAAAGGGACACGGCCGUCGAAACACUGAGGGCCGAUAUUUUGCAGGCACUCGAUCAGGCUUACGGUGAGAGCACGGUAAACCAUUUAGUGAAGCGAACAGACUGCAAUGGUGGAUAUUGGCAUAACUUUACGAACACGUUACAUAACAUACUACAGACAGUACAUCUCACCCUUAGGAGCCACUGGAAAGAAUACUCCUGGACACUCGCUACAAGCUUCGUGGGUGAUCUGUCCGGGUGGGUGUCACUCGGCUUGGAGACGGCACAUGGGGCCAAGGCGAGGUCACUUAAGCAUAACUGUAAUGGGGGAUUUGAUUGGAUAAACUGGAAGGACAGUAGUGGGAAAACGUUUACUUAUUGGGUGGGGUACGCGCCAUGGACUUCUGGGGCCAAUUGCGAUACUCAGGCGCCGGAGGACGUAUUGGCCUACGUUUUAGAACUGGCGUACAAAGAAGUCAAUAAUGCCAAAGGUGCGGCGUGGUGCUUCUCGGCUACAAAUGAAGGUACCUGGCACGUUGAUAUACGCAUUAUGAGAUGGGAAGAAGGCAACUUCUGCGGUUUAUCAGGCUGGGAUAUACCCUGUGAAAGCUUCAAGUUCGUACCUAACAGCAGUAAUAAUGACGAGCUGUAG